AAGACCAAAAAUGUUGUUUGUAUUUGUCUCCAGAGUGCUUUUCACUUUUUCUGCCUUUUGGCUGUGAAACCAUAUUCCUGAAGCUUGGCUACACCUGACACCCGUUUCAGUGUUUGACAAGCUACAUGACUAGUUUCAGUGUUUGACUAUUUACAGUGUUUGACUAGCUUUCCCAAGGUGACCAUUAAGAAGGUAGCCUAUCACUUUAACAUUUCCAUAGUGACGCGGCACUCCUUAUCAUGUGACACACCGCAGAGCCACAGCAGCUGAAUGACUGAUGCAUUGCUUUUACAUCAUUUUUCUUUUUUACUCAAAACAAUUCACAAACUCUUAACUAUGUCAUGAAAUAUCUGACAUUGUGAUUGUCAAAUAUGUGCAUGUGAAUGUGUUUUGUUGUUUAAACACUUAUAAUGAUCGCAUUAGUUGAGCUAUAAGCGGGCGCCGCCAUGUUUGUUUCUGCCGUGGUCUGAGAUCUGUCGGAUUUACAUCACGUGAAUUCAUCAACUUCUCUUAAAAACACAAACGUUCGAAUCCACCUUUAGCUUGUCUACAUUUUCAAUCACAUAUUAGAUCAUCUUUUGGCAGCCCUACAGCUACAGCAGGCCCUGAUUGGUUGGAUUACAUCACCUGUUGGAUUACGUCACUUCCUGUUUGCUGAGAGCGCGUGGUUUGAGCCGGAGCUCUUUCAAACUUAUUCUAAAUACAUUGUUUAUUCUUGUUAUAUCUUAAGACUUGUGUUCUAAAUUGUUAAUCAUCGAGGGUAAAACUUAUCCUUAAGUAUAUCCCAUACCAAAAUCGUCCUUAAACGCACUGAUAAAUUAUUUUUAUCGGAUCACUCGCUAUUAGCCCUCAGGCUGUUAGCAUUACCAGCCUGCUUACUGCUAAAAACACUGUUCUCAUUAUUACAUCACUAAUGGCUAAUGUUUCAGAUGUAUUUUUACCUCUGAGACAAGAUGAGGAAACGUUCGCACUUCAGUCGGAACUGGAGGCUGUGGAGAAGCAGAUCCAGGAUUUACUUGAGAGGCAGACACGGCUGCGAGAACUUAAAACGGCGCUGGAAACAUCCCGAGCUGACGCUCGCAAAUCCGCGGUAAGUUUUCAUCGCGAUUGUAAUACUCCUUCCACUUCUACUCCGCGUGUUUCUCUGCACAGAGCCCAGGCUUCGAGAACACGAUCAGCCCAAAUGAACUUCACUCCUGCACCGGCACACCCAUGGCGAAAAGCGCGAGCCAGGACUGGAGCGAUGACCCAAUCGCCGCCACCGGUCUUCGAGAUCCCGAAAAGGAACCGCUUUGCUGCCCUCUGCGAGACGGAAUGCAACGCUGUGGUCAUCGGAGACUCAAUCGUCCAGAACGUAUCUGCGAUCCUGAAGGACGACGCUAACGUUGGAGCUAUCGUGCUGCACACGGGGGUGAAUGACGUCAGGAUGCGGCAGUCGGAGAUCGUGAAGAGGGACUUUAGGAGUCUGAUCGAGACGGUACGCAACGCAUCGCCCACGGCAAGGAUCAUCGUAUCAGGGCCGCUUCCUACCUACCGACGAGGGAAUGAAAACGACCUAGGCUCUUCCGCCCUGACGGCCUGCACCCCAGCAGCAUCGGAGCGGUUCUUCUGUCUGACAACAUCUCAAAGACGCUAUGCACCAUUUGACUACGUCUCCCAACGCUCUGCUGUGAGGGUCCAAGACUCACAGGCGUAGAAGAAGACUGAGAGGAGAAGUGCACGUAAGUCUAAUUUUUGUUUUUAGAGAGAUAUUUUUAUCUCUCCACACAGGUUUCAGCUUUGACAUGGCUGCUGUUGUUUGUCCUGUCCUUGCAAAAAUGUCUGGUUUUGACCCCUCUUCGCUGAUGAUAGUGCCCAAAUAUUUGAAGUGCUUCACAGUAGCCAACAUUUGUCCUCUAACUUCGAUGUUGGUAGUGACCUGCUUGUGACUAUUUGUCAUCAGCUUAGUCUUUUCAGCGCUUAUCUCCAUGCCAAACCUAGAAGAUAUUUCUUCCAGAUUUUUCACUAAGGUGACCAGCUCUGCUUCACUGCCAG